UAUUUUAAGAAAUCUCUUUCUUUCUCUUUCUCUUCGAAGAACGUUCUUCAGCAUGAUUGGAAUCUUCUCAUUCGCGUUUAUCCUCUCUAGUUUUGUACAUACAACGACAAUUUAUUCACGAAGGGAGUAUUUAUGGUGUUACGAUUGUAAUACGGAUUUAAAACAUGGACAUAAAGGAGAGUGCAACGAUCCUUAUACACCUGGUGCUUUUGAUUUAGUCGCCUGUCCUCACAAUGAAUCUCAUCAUUGCCAUAAAAGCAUCAUAUUAUAUAGAAAUAUUUUAGUAACAGUACGUGCCUGCGUGUCAUCACGUCAGAUCAACGAAUACUGUAAUUACGGAGACAGUUUUCCGCAUUCAAACAUUGAGUGUUAUUUCUGUAAGGAAAAUGCCUGUAAUGAUAAAGGAUUAUUUAGUCCUGUGUCAGAAUGGUGUCUCGGAUUCAUUGCAAUUAUUUUGUCAUGGAUAUUAACAUAAAAAUGUAAAUAAUAAAAAUUGAUGAAAAUUCA